AUGCCAGUUUUUCCAAAACGGCCCGAGCGACAGGAGAAAGACCUUCAAGGUCAUCCAAAGAGAAAGAAUUCCCAUCUUCUUCUUUGUCCUUGCUUCAAAGAGUGCCUCACUGUGCUUGAUGAUGAUACUCUUGCUCGUAAUGAGCUUCGUACCACCUCUUACUAUCAGGUCAACUACUUUCGUGCUGGUUUGAAGCGCAGCAUUGGCUCUUGUGUUGCCACCAGUAAGCAUCGUCCCUCUGAUGAUGACCUUGAUGGUUGGAAGGCCAAGGCCAAGGCUUACGAUGAGAAUGAUCAUGAGUCCAAUGCAUUCUACCACCAAUCAUUGCUUCCUGCCCCAGUACGUACUGGUGGUGUCUCCCAUUCUGGUCCAUAUUUCCCUAAGUAUAAGGGCAACCCUGCUAGAGGUGGAAGAAUGAUCACACAGGUCUAG